GACCCGCAGCUGAGGCUCAUGUUGCUAUUGCUGCUUUCAUUCUGCAGAGGCUGUUGCGGACAGGAACAGCUAGUUCUACUGCAUCGAAAUACAAUGAGCCGGCAUUUUCUAUGGUCGACUCGCAAGACCCUCCAAGUAAUCAGCAAGCCUCCACUUCACGCUACGGCGCAGCGCAUAUGUCUUCUACCUCCGCCGCACGAGAGACAGGACCGGGUGCAAGCGUGCAUACAGCAGCUGUGUCCGCAUCCGCACCUACCGCAGCACAUUCACGCGCGGCUAGCGGCCUUCGCCGCCGCCUUAUCACCGGCUCAGCAGCGCAGCAGCGCAUCGCUCAAGCCGCUGGCAACUCCAGCGGCACCGCAUCACAGCGUGUGUCAGUCAUUGACGAAGAAAAUGAGCCGCGAAGUCGCAAAUUCAGGCGGCAGCUCGAAGCCGAGUCGCGCGGGGAUACGCUCGCGAUGGACUUGGUGAGCAACGAUGGCGCGCAACAAAAGCAGACUCACGGCGUGCGUGCGUCGCACACGUCUUGUCAGCGCCAGCAAAUCGGACAGGACGACAGCGUGCCAUGUGCGCAGCGCCGCACCCUCGUUCUUGCCACGGACCGGCAGGCAGCGCUGACAGACAGAGAACAGGCUAGCGCCGAAGAUGGACAUGCGGGCGUCCAGCAGUCGCGGCAGAGCAAGGCGCAAUUCUCGAAGGCCAUCGAAGCUGCUAGAAAAGAAGUGGUCGAACAGACCUCAGCCUUCGACAUGGAGAUCAUCACUGGCGUCACCAAGACGCAAGGCGGCAGGGGUACUCUUACAAAGUCACGCAUCGUAAAAAAGAAGCAGGAGCAACACGUUAAUACUGGGAUCGACGAGCUCGAGAUUGAUUUGCAGGCAUGGCGUGCGUUGGAUCCUGAGACACUCAGGAAUGAGCCCAAAGACAGCUGGGUGCAAGUCACCCAGAUCCCAAUGAUUCGCACGGAUCGUCGCCGCUCGCAACGGCCGCUUACUGCACGGUACGAUCCCAGUAUCCCAGACUUCAAGAAGUUCAGAAGAGUAAGCCUUGUCUGAGCUAGUGUCCACAAAGAACAGCAAAAGACGCUGACUGGCCCUGUGAUUGACUCAGAUAUCAACCCAACAAUACCGACGCCCGCCGGUUGCUCUGGAACUUCCA